CUCAUGAGUCAAUGAAGAGAACGUGCCAUGGGCACCUGGCAGCAAAGCCAUCAUUGAAGUUAAAUCAAAAGGGUGCCAGCAAAAGGACGCCUUUGCAGCUGCUACCUCUUUGUUUGUCAGAUUCGGCUAGCUUCUGCGUUUUCUUUUGCAAGCUGCAGUCUGCUCAGAGCUGGCAUUGGCAGCUUUUAUCCAGAAUGGCGCCCUCUGCUAUGUCAAGGAAUGCACUGCUGCUCGCUGUCGUGAGCCUGGCGGUGCAUGCAGCAUUCGGGCAGAACAUCACCACUAACCUCCCACAGGUCGAGUACCCCGCAUUCAAUAGCACAAACAACGACGGCGCAGCCAACAUCACGACUUACCUGAUUGAGAACAAUGGCCCAAACGGGACAGUUCAAACGGGACACUUGAGCAUCCUGCACAACCCCAUAGGCCAGUUUGUUGUCCUCCCCCCUGCUGCCGGUUGUGUGAGCACCAGCAAUGGUGUGACCACCGGCGGACGGAGCCUCACUUCCACGACUGCAGCUGCCGGAAACUGCCACGUGGCAGCAAACGGCGCCCUGUUCAACGUGACCACUGGGGGCUGCCUGGGUAACCUGGUGAGCAACGGAGUCGUCAUCCAGGCUCCAGGUACCCAGAACGUCAACUUCGGUCUCCGGAAUGGCAACUUCGUGAUAGGCUACGUGUCGGCUCUGGAAGCGCAAGGCAGAGCAGCCGGGAAGGUGCCGUUCGACCAGCUGACGAGCGGAGUGGUGUGGCUCGUGAAGGGCGGGCAGAACAACGUUCAGCAGGAUCUGCCUUAUGAGGACCCCAGUACCCAGACUACCGGAACGAUCCAGGACUUUGCCAGCAUUGUGUCAGCCCGCACGGCUAUCGGGCACAACGCCGCGGGCGAGAUCCUCCUGCUCCAGCUGGACGGCCAGUCAAACGUGCGCGGCGCGAGCCUAUACGACGUCGCGGACCUGCUCAUCUCGUAUGGCGCCGUGAACGCAAUCAACCUGGACGGGGGCGGUAGCAGCGCCUUUGUCACCGACGGAAUUUUGUCGAGCUACCCGUCAGACAUUCUUAACGCGACUGUGAACGGCCAGACGUUCAGCUUCCGCCAGGAGCGCGCCGUCACGUCGAUCGUCUGCUUCAAGGACCGCUUCAAGAUCGCCCCUUCGCAGCCCUGCGACCCGACCUCGCAGAAUCCUAACCAGUGCUUCAAUGCCGCUGGCACACUGUCCAUCUGCUGCCCCGGGGCCUGCCCCUUGAGGCCCGGGCCCCUCGCCGUGUGCGGCCCGGCUGUCCCCCCGACCACUCCAAGCCCCAAUACCGUCUCCGCUUCCAGCCCCACUACCGUUACCACUCCCGGCUCUACCACCGGGGCCCCGACCGGCCCAGUGGUCGCCGCCCCGACCGUCGCCCCGACCACCGCUGGUCCGGUGCCUUCGGGAACUACGGCGACCGCUCCUGCGAAGACGUCAGCGCCCGGAGUCGCCGCAGGAACGCCCCCGCCUUGCGACCCCACUUCUGGCAAUCCCAACCAGUGCUUUAACGCUGCGGGUACUGCGUCUCUGUGCUGCCCUGGGCUGUGCCCCCAGACCCCGGGGGCCAACCCCCAGUGCUGAUCCCCUGGCUGCUGUUGCUCGAGGUCACGAUUUUGAUAGUUAGCCGGCUUAGGACCCCCACGAAGUCCGUUUGGAUCGAUUUACAGCCUUUUUAAAGAUGUAUAGUGUGUAUGGGGGUGCGAGCAGGACUGUACAGGACUGGGCAGCACGAAAAGUUAACCGUGGCUUGGAGUUUCAGGUCCGUUUGGAUCCAAGAAAGGACCGGCAAAGGCAGUAGUUUGAGUGUGAAUAGAACGGUUGAUGACCGCGCAAUUCGGUAGCUCUUGUUUUGAGAUAAGCUAACCUCUCGUGUAAACGGUAGAUUAGAGCAGCUUCGGACCGCCCACAUUAAGCAGCCUCCCGUUGUCUAAGUUAUGCAAGAACCGUGUCUAAGUUAUGCAUGAACCGUACGGAGCGAAGAAGAGACUGUCACAGCACGCCAUAGACCCAUGUACGAUCCUCGUUUGAUAGUCACCGUCACCAAACUGCAUGCAACCGGGCCUGCUUCACCCGUAGAUUGCCUGCAUUUCUUCGAGUCUUCCUAUGCAUCUGCUUGGAAUCUGGG